AUGGGAAAAAAGUAUAAGAAUGGGUCAAAAAAGACCUCUACUGUGCAAGAGUCUUCUGUGUCUCCAAUAGUAGAAUUGAAUUAUCCAGAACCUUUAUUUUCCGUUGCAGCUCAUCCUACCCAGCCCAUUUUAGUAUCUGGAUUGGCCACCGGCCAUGUUUAUUGUAACAAGUACGAUGAUGAGAGACUUGAAGAGAGCCAAGCAGCAGAGAAGGAAAGAAUCUUUUCACAUAUAAAGCAUCUCCUGAAAUCUGAAUUAUCAGGAUCCAGUCUGUCAGAUUUACAAGGAUUUCAGAAAUGGUGGACAGUAGUGGAAGACUUAGAUUCGAUAGACAAUUCUAAUAUGUUUACGACUGCCUGGAAGACAAAAAGACACAAGCUGUCCUGUCGUUCGAUUAUAUUUGACCCUCUUGAAGGAUCAGCAGGCAAUUAUAUAUUCUCUGUUGGAACUGACCAUAUUAUUAAAAAAGCAGAUACAGAAACAGGAAAAGUCGUUUCAAAGACGUCCGUAUCUCAGUAUUUUGAAGAUGAAAAAGAUGCGGUUACAAGGCUACUGCAUUCAACUUCUCACAACUUCUUAUUAUCUGGAACGGAGAAUGGACAUGUCUUUGUUAACGAUAGUAAGGAUUUAUCCUCCAAGUUGAAGUUCAAAGUUACGAGUGCUCAUGAUGACGCAGUUAAUCAUAUCUUACCGAUGCCAUCAGUAUCGGCAUAUCACUAUCUUACUCUAGGAUCUACUACGCUAUCUCAUAUUGAUAUACGUAAGGGAAUUGUGACUCAAUCAGAUGACCAGGAAGAUGAACUACUUAGUAUGUGCUACCCAGCAGAUGAUUCUCUGAGUGAUACAGUUCUAGUAAGUCAUGGAGAGGGAAUCGUAACGAUAUGGAAGAACUCUAAAAACAAAUUAAUGGACCAGCUAUCGAGAAUUAAAAUUAACAAGUCUACGUCAGUUGAUGCCAUUAUAUCAAGUAUGAACUGCGACGACGACGAGAUGGCUGCCUCUGUGUGGUGUGGUGGUAGUGAUGGAAUGUUAUAUCGCGUGAACUACAAAAAGGGAAAGAUCGUGGAGACCAGAAGGCACUCCAUGGCAGCAGGGAAAUAUGGUGCAGUUGAUGAGGUUGGAUCCUUAGACAUUGAUUACAACUAUAGAUUAAUAAGUGCCGGAAUGGACACCUUGAAGAUCUGGUCUGGCGAAGAACAAACACAAAUAGAAAGCGAAGCAGAAGAUUCUGAAAGCGAAUCGCUUGAUAGUGAUGAUCUGGACGAUUCUAAGUGGAGUGGUAUGUCUGAUUCUGGUUUUUCGGACAAAGACUCGAAUAAAGAUUCAGACGAGGAAGAACAAAAAGAAGAAAAGGAGGCGCGUGGAGAAUCAGACGAACUGGAAGACGAUGACGAUGACGAAGAACAAGAACAAGAAGACGAACUGGAAGAAGAAGAAGAGAUCACACCAAAUAUAGUGCGCAAGAAGAGAUUCACUUUAAAAUCGCUAGACCUGAGCUCAAAAGAACCAAAGAAAAAGAAAUCAAAGAUUGAAGAGACUAAAAGUCAGCCAAAAGAGAAAAGAAUAGAGCCCAGCGUCGAACAUGGAAUCAGGAAGUUUGACGAUUUGUAA